UGAUGCAUAAAAUUACUAGGUAUCCCCCUUACCCCGUCAUUGUCCAUUUCUUGUUUUUAAACGAUGAGAGAAGUGCUGCACCUGUUGGAGAGAGAUUGUAAGACAGAAAUAGUUGCUUUAUGCUUGCUGUACGUUACGGCAUGACACAUAACGAUGUAACGGAGAGUCAGUUUUUUCUACUUUUCUCCAAUACUAUAGAGCCAUUACCAUGUCGAUCAACGCUUGAAUAGAAACGUAGGUCAUACCCCAGAUUUUGAAGUCAACACAGUCGCUACAGUCCCAUUAGUUUUCUUUGCAGCCUCCUUUGAAUGUCGCGGCAAAUUUGUUCGGAAUGGGAUUAAUGCCGGAGCAUCCACUAUAAAAGGCCCUACAAUUGGGAAGUGAAGAACGUUCAGACUUCGUUUGCCCUGCCAGAAAAACAACGAUCUAGAGACUUCUGUGACCCUUCUAAGAUACAAAGCGAGGGAUCCAAGUGUGUACAUUUUGAAGCCAUGAGCCUUGGAUUCAGUGAAGUUCACCGUCCCUCCACAGUUUCAUCUGUGACCGAGCCCAUCUGCGUACUCACCACAGAGUGGGCGUGGUUCUGGGAGGACGAGUACGGCAAAUGGGUCCAGUACGCAUCCAUUAAAGAGAUGCACAGAUUGUCAUCCAUCACCAGUGAAGACCUUGAGAAAAGGUUCCAGGAGGAUCAAAGUGCUGUGGUGAAGUUCACUGCAGGCCAGCAGUCUUAUGAGCUGAGUUUCAGAGACAUGACGCAAAAAAACAAAAGAUACGGUACUGUAAGGAUGGUCAGGCGUCGUCCUGUGCUUGUUUCAACUGCAGACAGCAGGACAAAUAGAACAUGCAACUCCUCUCAGAAUUUCAGAGAUGUUCCUGGAUUUUGGGACAAGUCUGCCAUACCUGACAUUGGAUAUAAGACAGUCACUCUUCUGAGUUCUGACAGGGACUAUCAGAAGGUCCAGAGACUUUUCAACAACACCAUGAGGGGCUUCCAAAUCACCAGCAUCGAGAGGGUCCAAAACAGGGACCUCUGGGAAGUCUUCCAGUGGAAAAGAGAUUUGAUGAAGAAAAACAGUGGAGGUAAAAACAGCAAGGAGCUACAUCUCUUCCACGGAACGGACCCAAAAAACGUAGACGCCAUUUGCAGAGAUAACUUCGACUGGAGGCUGUGUGGAACAAAUGGAACUGUGUAUGGCGAAGGGAGUUACUUUGCCAGGGAUGCCAAGUACUCACACUGCUUCAUCAGCCACUCAGGAGUGAGGUCCAUGUUUGUUUGUCGGGUGCUUGUUGGUGACUACACACAAGGGAACUCGGACCUCCGUCGCCCCCCUCCAAAAGGCGAGGGAAGCCCCACUCUCUAUGACAGCUGUGUGGACAAUGUCCUGAACCCAUCCAUAUAUGUGGUGUUUGAAAAGCACCAGGUGUACCCCGAGUUCCUCAUCAAAUACGAUGAUGGCGUCAUGCACUUGUCCUCUUCGGCUCCAGCUCCUCCCAAAACUGUCUCUAUCCAAUCCACUUACAUAGUCCAAUACCCAACAUCCAACCGGAUUCAAGCAGCAGCAGCUGCUGCUACGCUGUCAAACUCUCGAGUUCCAUCCACUUCCACUUUGAAUCCAUCUCAAGCAGCCACCACUUUCUCUAAUCCAACCAAUUCUCUUCCCCCUUCACGUCUCCCAAAACCCGCCCAAACCUCAUUGGGAUUCAGUCAAUCUGCAGUCAUCAUGAAGCUAGCCCCAAGUUCUCAAUUGGUGGAUACCACCCUAGGCCAAGCUAAUUGGUCUUACACUCCCUCAUUCAGCAAACUCCCUCAUAAACUUAUUACCCAAGCCAGCACCACCUCUCGUACACCCACUACCCCACCCAGCACCCCCUCUUAUACACCCACUACCCCCUCUUAUACACUACCUACCCCAGCCAGUACCCCCUCUUAUACACGCAUUACCCCAGCUAGUACCCUGUCUUAUACACGCGUUACCCCAGCCAGUACCCCCCCUCCUAAACGCAUUACCCCAGCCAGUAUCCCCUCUCGUACACGCAUUACCCCAGCCAGUACCCCCUCUCGUACACGCAUUACCCCAGCCAGUACACCCACUACCCCAGCCAGUACCCCCUCUCGUACACCCACUACCCCAGCUAGUACCCUGUCUUAUACACGCAUUACCCCAGCCAGUACCCCCUCUCGUACACCCACUUCCCCAGCCAGUACCCCCUCUCGUACACCCACUACCCCAGCCAGUACCCCCUCUCGUACACCCACUACCCCAGCCAGUACCCCCUCUCGCACACUCACUCCCUCAGUCAGUGCCCCCUCUCGCACACUCAUUACCCCUGGCACUGCCCACACUCGCACACUCAUUCGCUCAAGCAACCCCUUUCGCACACUCACUACCCCUGCCAGCCCCCCUUCUCGCACACUUUCCCGUUCAACUGACACACCCUCUCAGGCUCACACCAGCUCAACGACUACUACUCACAGUCUCCCUGCCAGCAGUACCUCUCACUCACUAUCCCCUUCAUACUCAUUGAGCACACCUUACCACACACCUUCUCACUCAUCAUACACCCCCACUUCUACAGACUCUUCCACGCUCUUGGGGUCUCACCACUCCACAUCGACCACUACUUCUGACACAUCUGCUACUAUCACAUCAUCUAGAGUGCAGGAUUUAAUUAAACAAUUUGGUGGUCAAAGCUCAACCUGUUGACAAUUUGUAGUGUUUCUGAAUGAUAAUUGCAUUUUCAUGUUAAAUAUGCAUAGUUGGUGUGUUAAACCCUUGCAACCCUUACAACAAACCAGAAUGAUGUUCAACACAGGAGGUUGGUGACACCUUAAUUUGGGAGAACGGUCUUGUGGUAAUGACUGGAGUGGAAUAGGUGGAAUGGUAUCAAACUCAUAGUUUCCAGGUGUUUGAUGCCAUUCAAUUUCCUUCGUUUUGGCCAUUAUUAUGAGCCGUUCUCCCCUCAGCAGCCUCCUGUGACGUUCAACUAGUAAAAAGGAAUAUGAUGAGCACGUUUCCUUUACUCUGGGACUUCUGGUCUGCUGACACAUUUUGUAAAGUAGUUGGAUUUCUGUGUUUUCUGUGUAUUCAACUAAAUAAACUAAAUGACCAAUAGAAA